AUGACUGGUAGUGAUGCUGUAACGGAACUUAAGACAGUCCGCAGUCGUGAAGAAGUUGUUGGUACCAUGAGUGGGUUUCUUAAAGGGCGAGAAAGCACCAAACGUCAGGUUUUGUCACGUCUUAAUCAUCUUAGGAAUACAUUCGCUAAAUCGCCAUAUUUCCAAAAGCAUGAGGUGAUUGGAAGCAGCAUAUUGAUUAUCUACGAUGAUGAAAAGGCAGGUGUGUGGAUGAUAGACUUUGCCAAAACGGUACCCGUUCCAGAGGGGGUCAGCAUUACCCACAGAGAACCGUGGGUCCUAGGCAACCAUGAGGAAGGCUUUCUGACCGGAGUAGAUAACCUCAUAAAGGUUGUGGAGGAAGUACCAACAGUGAAAUCGAGGAGAUUAGGGUUAUUUAGCAAGUCAUAAUUAUGAUUAUACUUUAUGGAAAUUAAUGUUGUUAUUUUACGGUCCCAAGAAGCUGAAAUCGUCUUCAAUAGAAGGGCCAGAAGUUA